AUGCACGGUAGUAACAGUCUCUGUUAUAGUCCGGUCUUCCAUCAGCAGCUGCAGCCGCUGCCAAGUCACGCCGGGCACAACAUCUACAGGUCAUACAAAGACAGGUUUAGACCACUGAUAGAUGGUACCAUCCGUCGCUGGAAAGAAGGCAAGCGCCACAACGCACACUUAAAGGUCAACUCAACAGGCAAAGAUGCAUGGGGACCAGUUUUUAUUUCAACAUUCAACUCAACAUCUGAGAGGAGUAGUGCACGUUUAAACAAGGAAGAAGGUUAUUGUCCCUGCAGAGACUCGGAUUUGGAGCUCACUCUGAAAGGAUUAAAGGAACCUCUAUCUCCGAACUUGGGGUCCCAGCUUUUUCCGAAGAAACUCACACUACCUCCGCCAUUACAUUCAUCAAUCAUCAUCGAUUGCUUUUACGGAAAUGCUUAG